AUGUCAACUUCCAAUACAUGUACAUCAGUCAUCUUUGUUGGGUCAAUCAUCUAUAUAGAGCAUUCAACUAUCUUAUGUUUGUUUAAGUUUCCUAAAGAGUGUUGUGAGUGCUCUAGUCUGAAUAGCAAGUUGUCAGGAUUGUUCGUGCUCAGUUCAUUGUCUGUGGUAUCUGAGACAGUUAAGGUAGAUAGAUAUGGCGUGCAACUCUGGUUAAAG